AUGACGGAUGUUUUGGACACAAAUCAACAGCGUGAAGCGAUUACAAAGGCCGCUACUUAUCUUUCGGGUAUUUUGGAACCACAUUUCCAAAGUACUCCAAACUUUAAACCUCCAAGAACUUUGAUCAUAUGUGGUUCUGGGUUAGGUGGGAUAUCCACCAAAUUAUCCAUAGAUAAUCCUCCCCCAGUGACAAUUCCAUACGAGGAUAUACCAGGAUUCAAGAAAAGUACGGUUCCAGGUCAUUCUGGUACACUAAUGUUUGGAUCUAUGAAUGGCUCGCCAGUAGUGCUAAUGAAUGGACGUCUUCACGGAUAUGAAGGCAAUACACUGCUCGAGACUACGUUUCCAAUAAGAGUGGUUAACCACAUGGGCCACGUCCAUAACUUAAUUGUCACCAAUGCUGCUGGUGGUAUAAAUGCGAAAUACCAAGCUUGUGAUUUAAUGUGCAUUAACGACCAUUUGAAUAUUCCUGGCUUGGCUGGGCAACACCCAUUGAGAGGUCCUAACUUGGACGAAGUCGGACCUCGUUUCUUGGCUUUAAGCGAUGCAUAUGAUCUAGGAUUGAGGAAACUUUUAUUCAAGAAAUGGAAAGAAUUAAAGAUCCAAAGACCGCUACACGAAGGUACUUAUACCUUCGUCUCUGGUCCUACAUUUGAAACAAGGGCUGAGUCUAGAAUGAUCAGAAUGCUUGGAGGUGAUGCUGUCRGAAUGAGCACUGUUCCCGAGGUCAUAGUGGCAAGACAUUGCGGCUGGAAGGUUUUGGCCUUAAGUUUGAUUACUAACACUUGUGUCGUGGAUAGUCCUGCCAGUGCAUUGGAUGAAUCUCCUGUGCCUUUAGAGAAAGGUAAAGCGACACAUGCUGAAGUGCUGGAGAAUGGUAAAAUCGCCUCUAAUGACGUGCAGAAUUUGAUUGCUGCCGUGAUGGAGGAUCUAUAA